GAGGUGCACACAUAUGCAUUUGUAAAAGAAUGUUUAAUGCACAAGACAACAAACUGACAAGCUCAAGUUCUACCAUUAAAGUCACCCAAGUUGUUGGCGCAACUCAAAAUAUGAGUCUUAUCACACAGAAGUCCAAGCGAAAAGGAAUCGCUUUGAAAAACAUUCCAAUAGAAAAGUCGUUCCAGUUAAACGGAGGGUCGUACGACUGCUUUCUGUUCCGAGCCGAUGAUUCCGAUUGUUCCGCUCAAAGUGACAAAGUUAUGUGGUGCUCAUUAGUGAAGAAAGCUGCCGGCUUUAAGUCCCUGAAGCGAAAACGCUUAAAGCGGUCUUCGGAUUCGCGACCCGAAUUAGUUUACACCUUUAUUGAGCAGGCCGUUCAGCCAGGAGCUCAGGUUGCUUUAAAAUGUUCAGCUGUUGGUGAACCACCUCCUAGGUUUAGAUGGACUCUAGAUGGUCAACUCAUACCUCCUCAUCAUGGUGCUGCGAUCACGGAAGGUCAUGAGAAUGGUCCAACUGGUAUCGGUUCCAGCAACAACUACAUUCUAUCCACGCUGUCACUCAGCAGCGCAAGGGUUGAGCAUGGGGGACGAUAUGAGUGUAGAGCAACCAAUUCUCAUGGCUCCGUCGCACAUGCGGCAAGACUCAAUGUAUAUGGGCCUCCGUAUAUACGCGCCAUGAAUCCCGUUAAGGCUGUUGCGGGUUCAGACAUAACUAUUUGGUGCCCGUAUUAUGGAUUCCCAAUAGAUUCAGUAAAAUGGGAAGGUGGUGCAGGAGCAGAUCCUAGAUAUCAUCAGGUGGACGGUCAGCUGACGAUCACAAAUGUAGACCGGAAUCGAGACAAAGGCGGGUGGAUUUGCUCUGUCUUGACACCAGGCGGAGAGUUAGCCAGGCGGGAGGUGCAAGUGUCAGUGGUAUCGCCGCCGGUGCUGUCGCCCAUCGUGUUUCCGCCAGGCUUGAGGUCGGGCGAUCGCUCGCAGCUCACCUGCACCGUCACAUCGGGCGACAUGCCCGUAUAUUUCUCAUGGCUCAAGGAUCAAAUGCCCAUUUCAAGCGCGCUACAGGUGAACAUAAUACAACGACCGAAAUAA